AUGUCUAUCGUGUGGAGACUGCCAAUCGUUCGCCCCAAUGGAUACUUUUCUCUGAAACCCCAUCGACAGCGCAUUAACUGUUCGAGAGGACACGCGCAACGCCUUUCCUAUCAAGGCUACAGGGUGCUUCUACCUCAUCCGAUGUGGCAAAGUCGGAGCUCCAUGAAAGUGGCCCAGCACAAUGCGUAUGUAAUGUACAUACUGCUGCUAUGGACAAAAGCGGCUAUUAGAUUGGCGGAGGAUAAUCGCCGGGAGAUAGUUCCACGCCGCAGGCAUACACCGAUUCAAAACAGCUUACAGCAACCUUGCCUCCGGACCCUUGCCCGGCGGUUCGGUCAAGCUCGACGGGAUUACGCCGCUCGUGAUGCUGGUUCUGUUGCCCCUCCGUGGAUCCCGGUGUCCGGGGUGGCAGGUCCGGGCAUAGUGGACCCAAUCAUCUACCGCUUGAACCCCGAGCACAGCCUCAAUACGGAACUGGCUCAACGGGCGGCACGAGACAAGGACAGACAUCUCAAGUAA